GCUUCACCGCUGUUCGCUUUCCGCGCAAACACGCCUGUGCCAUGAAGGGUUCUAUCCCAGACACCCAAGAUGAGACGGGGCGGACUAGUUUGCACCAAGCGGCCGUCAAAGGCGAUGUGGAUGAGGUUGGGUUUCUUCUUUCUUCUGGGGCAAAUCCUAACACACAAGAUGCCCACCUGCAGACCCCGGUUACACUGGCGGCUGAGCGAGGGCUAUACGAGGUGGUGAAGGCCUUGGCGGAACACGAUGCGACGGACAUCAACCGACAAGAUAGCUUCGGGAGAACGCCGCUACACUGGUGUGCAAAAAGAUGCGACGCGAAAGUAGCCAAGGUUCUGCUGGGAACAGGAAAGGCUAGCGUCAACGUCAGAACAACGGGAGGAGAUACCGCGUUGCACUGGGCCUGUUCUGUUGCGGGAGUCAGCGAUGCUUCGGACACAAGAGACUUGGAAGAGUCCUCGUGUCAUGUUGUCGAGCUUUUGAUUGGGGCAGGGGCAGACGUGGGGGCUAAGAACGACAGAGGCGAAAAGCCGGUGGACCUCGUGACAAACGAGUCGGUCAUGGCGCUCCUCGUCAGCGCGGCACAAGAGCUCGACAAGCGGGAAGAGGAAAAAGCUGCUGAGGCAGAACGGAAAUUUGCACCACAAGUCUCCAGCAACACGUCAACGGCGACAACUACAGCUGCAAGACCAAUAGGACAAACAGCGGACUGGCCGACAAAGCAACAACAGCAGCAGGGGGCUGGAACCGCGAGCAAAGCCUUCACGAAACAGCGAGUGGCGGGCGGCCCGACUGCCGGAGCGGCGGCAGGAACGAAGAAGAAAAUCGUCAUCAAGCUUAAGAAAAAGACAUGACCCGACGGAAUGCGGAUGGGUGCUGUUGUAAUAGUAGCUCGAUAUUUGGUUUCAGCCACUCAAUUUUGGCGGUGGUCCGCAAGACGGCAGGGUUGUGUUUUCGAGGCACUCUGGUGUAGAAUUUUGUAAACAGACGAGACUCGGAAGAAUUGAGUGAUUCGCAUGUACCGGGUUGUGCCCAGAGUGUCACAUGUCGUCGGCAUGACCCAGUGGACAGGGUUACGACGGGUUUGUUUUCCAUUAGAAGAUGUAGUCUCGGUAGCACAGUUCUCAAAUCUCUUUUCAAUUUUGACCCCACAUUUUUUACCGCAGUUAGGCCGCAUUUCCGUGCUUUCUUUAUUUUGUUGAAUGCGAGAGUAUUUCAUUUGGCUUCCACACAACCGGGCAUGGAAAAUGCCUCCCCCCCGUCCCGUAUUUUGAGUUUUACUGUGGCGCCGACUGCGAAGACCGUGUUGAUGUAGUUGCGGAAUAUCGGCUGUACAAGGAGAGGGGAAUGUACAUGACUGAGCUGGGAAAAGAAGAAGCAAAGUACAGGGAGAUGUUUGAGCCAUGGAAUAGCCAGGAUAAGACGUUGGCUGUACUGGGACAUGGGAAGAGGUUGAAAAGGCGGGAAGUGAUACCGAUAGGAUAUAUAGACAACGGAAGAUGUUUUUGAGCCACCUUUGGCGAAGUAAGAAGGAACGAUUGGCGAUUGGUGAUCGGUCCUGUGGGAAC